GCCUCAGUUUAGAUUGACAACCGGCAUGCUGAAGUGAGGGUCCACAUGAAGAAGAAGAACAGGGGAAAAUAAGAAGCUGACUACCUAGAGGAAGGUGCCACUGGGAAAGGAGGGUAGAGGCAGAUCUACGUUGCAAGGUGGUAAAGGGCGCUACCGGACUUUUCCAGGCGUUUUGGUGACAGCUCUGCCUGGACAGCUUGAAGCCUUAGCUAGUAGCUAAUACUGCUCACUCACUCAGACCACUGAAUGCAUGAUGUUGGCUACUGCAUAGUAGCAUAUAACCAAAGGGGAGAGCCGGCAAGAAACCCUCUCUGCAGAACCGGAGCUCAGGUUGCAUCAGGAUUUGACUUUGGGGUCCAAGAGGGGUUGGUUGCAGUCUGGGGUGAAGGAGGGAGCUAACCAGAAGAUAUAAAUUUCAGCGGCUAUGUGUGCGGUGUCAAACACUUUCACUAUGGCAAGUGGUAAAUGAUGGACUGGAUCGUUUUCGGCAUUUUGGAGAGCUUCUGCUGAAGAAAGGUGUGUGCAGUUCUUCUUGAAGUAGAGGAUUAUAAGAAUUGAAAAAAAAUGCCUGUUGCUUUGGCUAAUUCUGACUCUGCAAUGCAGCAGGUCCUUGACAACUUGAAUGACCUUCCAAAUGCCAAUGGUGCUAAUGACCUGGACCUGAUCUUCUUGAAGGGAAUCAUGGAAAGCCCAAUAGUGCGAUCCUUGGCCAAGGCCCAUGAGCGGUUGGAGGAGACCAGGCUUGAAGCUGUGAGUGACAACAACUUGGAACUAGUGCGUGAGAUUUUGGAAGACAUCUCUCCCAUUGCACAUGCUAACAGCUCGGCAGCUGAACUAUCACGAAUUCUGCAAGGACCACAUUUUCAGUCUCUUCUGGAAACACACGACUCAGUGGCAUCUAAAAGCUACGAGACACCUCCUCCAAGCCCAGGAACUCUGAUGGACCCUGCGUUUCUUAACCAGCCUAUCCCCCCUGAUGCUGUACGGAUGGUCGGAAUAAGAAAGACCGGUGGUGAUCACUUGGGGGUGACUUUCCGUGUGGAGAAUAAUGAGCUGGUCAUUGCUCGAAUCCUUCAUGGAGGAAUGAUUGACCAGCAAGGACUGCUGCAUGUCGGUGACAUAAUCAAGGAAGUGAAUGGGAAGGAGGUGGGCAAUGAUCCCAAGGUCCUGCAGGAGAUGCUGAAGAAUGCCAGUGGCAGUGUUGUCCUCAAAGUCCUGCCAAGCUACCAAGAGCCACAUCCGCCCCGCCAGGUGUUUGUAAAGAGCCACUUUGAUUAUGAUCCCUAUACUGAUAACCUCAUCCCAUGCAAGGAGGCAGGAUUGAAGUUCAAAGCUGGUGAUAUUCUCCAAAUCGUUAACCAGGAUGAUCUCAACUGGUGGCAGGCCUGUCAUGUGGAAGGGGGCAGCGCUGGACUUAUUCCAAGUCAGCUUCUGGAAGAAAAGAGGAAAGCUUUUGUGAAGCGAGAUCUUGAUAUUACAGCUUCUUCCAGUGCACUUUGUGGGAGCAUCAGUGGCAAAAAGAAGAAGAAAAUGAUGUACCUGACCACCAAAAAUGCAGAGUUUGAUCGACACGAGCUUCUCAUUUAUGAAGAGGUAGCCAAGAUGCCACCAUUUAGAAGGAAAACACUAAUUCUGAUUGGAGCCCAAGGUGUUGGGAGGCGGAGCCUAAAGAACAAACUGAUUAUGUCUGAUCCAUCACAUUAUGGAACAACGAUCCCAUUUACAUCAAGGAAGCCUAAAGAUGAUGAAAAAGAUGGCCUGAUAUACAGAUUUGUAUCACGAACAGAAAUGGAGAAUGACAUAAAAAAUGGGCGGUACUUAGAGCACGGCGAAUAUGAUGGAAACCUGUACGGAACCAAGAUUGACUCCAUUCAUGAGGUUAUUGAUGCUGGGAAGAUGUGCAUCUUGGAUGUAAACCCCCAGGCAAUAAAAGUGCUGCGGACAGCAGAAUUUGUUCCGUAUGUGGUGUUUAUUGAAGCAGCAGAUGUCAAUACUCUUCGAGUGAUGAACACGACAGCAAUCGAAUCUGGAGUGGGAACCAAACAGUUAACAGAUGCAGAGCUGAAAAGGACCGCUGAUGAGAGUUUCCGGAUCCAGCGUGCUUAUGGACAUUACUUUGACUUCACUAUUUUGAACGACAACCUGGAUGGAGCAUUCAAGAACCUGCAGGAGGCCUUGGAGAGGCUGAACAGAGAUCCUCAGUGGGUACCUGUUAGCUGGGUGUACUAACAGGAUACCUCAGUGGCUACUGUGUGUGGGAUGGCAGAAGGACACUAGUGGUACUUGUACCACUGUACCACUGCCAUGUUGUGGGAAGGAGGACUUUUCAAUGUUUACCCUGUCAAAUGUUAAAUGAGAAAAGAUAAGUCCUGGUUUAAGCCAUCAGUUUACUGUCCAUUUCCCCUCAGUAAAUCCUGCCACGUCUAAUGAAGAGGUUGUUUUAUGCUAGGAACCUCACACAUUGCAGGUUUCUAGACAUGAUGGGGUGUUAGAGUUGUUAUGCUUUAUUGACUGCAUAGUUACUUCUCUUCAUCAGUUGUGAUUUGUUCCCUUACAUCACUGAAAUAACAGUGCUGUAACUUAUUGGACAGGUCAGGUGUCUGUCUUACUUCCAUGUUUCACACCUGUAAGUAUAAAACGCUAGCUUAGGGUGGCACUGUUAUUACUUAUUGGGCAGGUCAGGUGUCUGUCUUACUUCCAUGUUUUACCCCUGUAAGUAUAAAACGCUAGCUUAGGGUGGCACUGUUAUUACUUAUUGGACAGGUCAGGUGUCUGUCUUACUUCCAUGUUUCACACCUGUAAGUAUAAAAUGCUUAGCGUAGCGUAGCACUGUUAUUACUGCUGCUGGCGCUAAAGCGUUUCAUCACUGAGUGUUACUGAGGGAAAGAUGAACAAAUCAAAACUGUACUGCUGAUGCAUCUGUUGUCCUUAUUUAUCAGUGCAUGACAACUGGGUCAUACUUGCAAAUGGUUUCACUGGCCUUUUAUUAUUUAUGUAGAAUGGCCCAGCAUUUGGUGCUGGUCAGAAUGGGAUUGACCUCUUUUCCCCGUGCCCUUUUCUCCUGCAACCCAUACACCAUCAGCCCUCCCACCCAACACUCUCACUUAGCCCAUUCAUUCCUCCAUCCUUUCAUCAUCUGAGGACACAGGAGAGGGUGAGGUAAGAAGCAAAGAUCAGAUGCUUUCUGCAUGCUUCCUGGUCCCCCAACUCCUCCCUAGAUGGUGGGAUAUGCAUAUUUUGGCCACUAACCUCAAAGAUGAUUUUCCCCUAGUCAGUGAACAUAGCCUAUUUAACAACUCUAGCUUUAAAGUUUUCAUUGUAACACUUAUGAUUUCAUGGCCCUGUCCUCCAUCCACCACAUGGUAUAAUAUAUGUGCCAAAUAGUGUUAAGUCCACAUACUGUUUUGCAUUUACAUUUUGGAUACCUUUUUAUUCUUCUGUGGAAAUAAAUGGCUGUUUAGUCUUCCAAAUAUGAUUCUGUGCUGCCAUCUUGUGGUCAUGAUUUGUAACAGCUAGGUAGGCAGGCAGGUGAGGCCUGAAUUAGGCAGGUUUUUGUUCAUAGGUUCAUAAAUUAGUACCAAGCUAACUGCUUUAUGGAUCAUUUUAAGCCUAGCCAAUUACCUCAUG